AUGUCUCCCAUUCUCGCCGGCAGCUUUAAGGACCCUUUCAACGGCAACAAACCCGCCGAAAACGUAAACAUGUCCAAACCCACAGCCCCGAGAGAGCGCCGUCCCUCGACGAGUGCCCCCAUCACCGAUAUUCAAGGUCCGGUUGGCCCGGGUUUCACAAGACCCAAGCAUAAGCGUACUUUUACGGGUUUUGGCGCUGGGGAAAUCAAGAGUGUUGAAGCGUUAAUCCCCGAACACCAACGUGAUGCCUGGAAGAAAUUCCAAGCCAAGCCAUGGGUAUCCAAAGACGAUUUUGAGAAAGAGGUCGUGCGCCAUGUCGAAACCACACUCGCUCGCAGCAUGUUCAAUUGCGACGAGACGGCUGCGUAUGCGGCUGCUAGUCUGGCCUUCAGGGAUCGCUUGAUCACUGAGUGGAACCGGACGCAGCAGAGGCAGACUUUCGCGGAUACGAAGAGGGUUUACUAUCUAAGUUUGGAGUUUUUGAUGGGCAGGGCGUUGGAUAAUGCUAUGUUGAAUGUGGGGUUGAAAAAUGUUGCUAAAGAGGGCCUCUCGGAACUCGGAUUCCGUAUCGAAGAUAUCAUCAACCAAGAACACGAUGCUGCGCUUGGAAAUGGUGGUCUUGGCAGACUUGCUGCUUGCUUCCUCGAUUCCAUGGCUUCCUUGAACUUCCCGGCUUGGGGAUAUGGUCUGAGAUACAAAUACGGCAUUUUCAAGCAGGAAAUUGUUGAUGGGUACCAGGUUGAGGUUCCAGAUUACUGGCUUGACUUCAAUCCUUGGGAAUUCCCUAGACACGAUAUUGUGGUUGAUGUCCAAUUCUACGGAGGCGUCAGAAAAUACCAGGACGAUGAUGGAAAGAAUGUCGCAGUAUGGGAAGGUGGUGAAAUUGUCAGGGCCGUGGCCUAUGAUGUACCAAUUCCAGGGUUCAACACUCCUACAACCAACAACAUGCGUCUGUGGUCCAGCAAAGCUGCUAGCGGAGAGUUUGACUUCCAAAAGUUCAACAGUGGUGACUACGAGAGCUCUGUGGCCGAUCAGCAACGAGCCGAGACGAUCAGCGCCGUGCUAUACCCCAACGACAACCUCGACCGUGGUAAGGAGCUUCGAUUGAAGCAGCAGUACUUCUGGGUUGCUGCCUCUCUGUACGAUAUUGUUCGACGAUUCAAGAAGUCCAAGCGUGCUUGGAGCGAGUUUCCCGACCAGAUUGCCAUCCAGCUGAAUGAUACUCAUCCAACACUUGCCAUUGUUGAGCUGCAGCGAAUCCUAAUUGAUAUGGAAGGCCUUGACUGGGAUGAGGCUUGGGCUAUUGUCACCAAUACUUUCGGCUAUACGAAUCACACUGUUCUCCCAGAAGCGUUGGAGAAGUGGUCCGUCCCGUUGUUCCAGAAUCUCCUCCCCAGACAUCUCCAGAUUAUCUACGACAUCAAUAUGUUCUUCCUGCAAAGUGUCGAACGCAAGUUCCCUGGUGACCGAGACAUGCUCGCGCGCGUUUCAAUCAUUGAGGAGUCUCAGCCGAAGAUGGUUCGUAUGGCCUUCUUAGCCAUAGUAGGCUCUCAUAAGGUCAAUGGAGUUGCAGAGCUUCACUCAGACUUGAUCAGGACCACAAUUUUCAAGGACUUCGUCAAGAUCUUUGGACCUGACAAAUUCACCAAUGUCACCAACGGAAUCACACCAAGACGCUGGUUGCAUCAAGCUAAUCCAAGAUUGUCGGAAUUGAUUGCCAGCAAGACUGGCGGUCUUGGUUUCUUGAAGGAUCUCAAUGUUCUUAAUGAACUCGAGAAAUUUGCGGAUGACAAGGAAUUCAAGAAGGAGUGGGCUGAGAUCAAGUAUGCCAACAAGGUCAAGCUUGCCAAGUACAUCAAAAGCACUACCGGAGUAACGGUCAAUCCCUCUGCAUUGUUUGAUAUUCAAGUCAAGCGGAUACACGAGUACAAGCGUCAACAAUUAAACAUCUUUGGUGUUAUCCACCGAUACUUGACCAUCAAGGCUAUGACCGCCGAAGAACGAAAGAAGCUGGCACCUCGUGUGUCAAUCUUUGGUGGCAAGGCUGCUCCUGGGUACUGGAUGGCCAAGACUAUCAUUCAUCUCAUCAACAAUGUUGGUGCAGUGGUUAACAAGGACCCAGAUGUUGGCGAUCUCCUGAAGGUAAUUUUCUUGGAAGACUACAAUGUCUCCAAGGCAGAGAUAAUCACUCCAGCUAGUGAUAUUAGUGAGCACAUCUCCACUGCUGGUACUGAAGCCAGUGGUACAUCCAACAUGAAGUUUGUCUUGAAUGGAGGUUUGAUUAUCGGGACUUGCGACGGCGCCAAUAUCGAAAUAACCCGCGAAAUCGGUGAGAAUAACAUCUUCCUCUUCGGCAACCUCGCCGAAGACGUGGAAGACCUCCGUCACACGCACAACUACGGCUCUCAUACAUUGGACCCCGACCUCGUCAAAGUCUUUGACUUGAUCAAAUCCGAUGCUUUUGGCGACGCCGGCGCGUUUGGCGCCCUCACCGGCUCCAUCGAAGACCAUGGGGAUUAUUACCUCGUUUCCGAUGAUUUCCACUCUUACAUUAAGACUCAGGCGCUUGUGGAUGAGGCGUACAAGAACCAGGACGAGUGGAUUACGAAGACGAUUUUGAGUGUGGCGAGGAUGGGAUUUUUCAGUAGUGAUCGAUGUAUUAAUGAGUAUGCGGAGAUGAUCUGGAAUGUGGAGCCGCUGCCGGUUGAGAAGGAGAGUGGGUUGGGGAAGGAAGAAUUGUGA